CAGGAAUUGAACAGGUUGAUUCAUGCGCGUCUUUAUACCAUUGCCUGCGCUAUUUGUAUAUACAGCCCUGUCUUCCUAUAAUUCACAAUGGUCUUAUAUCGGGAAAAAGUUUCCUAAGGAGAGGGUGAACAAGUAUCUAGGAAAUACCACCAUCAUCAUUACUACCACAACAGCAUACUGUUUUCUUUGUUUUAUUGCAUUCAUUUUGUAGAGCUUCAACGCUGACAUAACUACACAGUCAAUCAAGGUAGUUUAUAGUUUGUCAAGCUAGUGAGGGAAGAUUGUUACACAAUGAAUGUUUCUUCUUCGAGCUAAGUGUCGUUUUUGCAUUAGCUUGGCGUAUAAACAAACCUUGAGGACCCGGAAGUUUCUUUCGGCAAGUGGAUCGUGAGUUUUUAAACGCGUCUACCCUCCGAUAGUGGUGAUGACGAAGCACUCCUUUGAACUUACAUAGAAAACUUUGUCGUCAUUAAUAUCGACAAGUACUUCGUCCUUGGCUCUGUAUGGCCUGUUUCUGUUAAUCUAAGAAAAUAGGUCGGUCUGAUAGGUAAAUUAUUUUUGCACCAUAUCACAGGGAAAAUACAGCAUAUUGUGUGUCACGAAAUCAUUUGUGUCUGCCAAUUUCAGAUCAUUUUGUUUGAUUAUAAUGGUCAAUAUACGCCUAUAUAUCAUCACAGUGCUA